UUAAAGCGGAAGUGCAGUAGUCAGCUGAUUAAAGCAUAUGAUCCUGCAGGACGGGAAAACAUUUCAUCCAUUCUGACUUUUAUUUGAGCGAAUAUAAAAAACGUCGCAAUGCCUGGACGGGGGAAAUUAAUCGCCGUUAUAGGGGAUGAAGAUACAUGUACCGGAUUCCUCCUCGGAGGGAUUGGAGAGCUCAAUAAAAACCGAAAACCCAAUUUCUUGGUGGUGGAAAAGGACACUAGCAUCACAGAGAUAGAAGAGACCUUCAAGAGUUUCCUGGUUCGCAGUGACAUUGGCAUCAUCCUCAUCAACCAGUUCAUCGCAGAGAUGAUUCGUCAUGCUAUAGAUGCCCACAUGCAGUCCAUCCCGGCCGUGCUGGAGAUUCCUUCUAAAGAGCAUCCGUAUGAUGCCUCCAAGGAUUCCAUCCUGCGGCGGGCCAAGGGCAUGUUCUCAGCAGAGGACUUCCGAUAAGUUGACACCCCCAUGGGGUCACAGUCUGGCCUGGGCAGAUGCGAGAGUAAUCGAGGUUUACUUCUUGUUCUCAUCCAUCUUGCUGAAGCUGGAAACCAUAUUAUAAGGAUUAUAUAAUGAUGUGUUGUUUAUGUAAUGUCCUGUGAUGUGUAUUUUGCCAUUCCCAAGUUUGUUUGUCAGUGCUCCUAAUAAUAAUUGUUUAAAUUAUAUAUAAUAUAAUUAUUUAUAAUAUUAUAUUAUAUAUAAAAAUGGGGGAAAAAGACAUGCAUUAUUUUACCCAUUGUGUAACAGACAUUAUAUAUUGCAAGAAAUUUAGUUAAAGGAAUUUAUUAUAAAUACUGUCACUUCAAUGUUUAAGUUCUGGAAUGUCUUUCAUUUCAAAGCUGAUAAUACUGGACUGCAGAACCACCGUUCAUGAAUCUGUCUCGAAUAACUUUAAAUGUUAACCGGACAUCUUUAGAUCACCUAUAUCUGUAACUGUAAUAUGGUGUGCUAUAAAUGCACGUUUUGUCAUUGUGUUGGUUGACACUUUGAGCUUUACAAAGAGCUGUACACAGUGUGAUGUAAUUAAAAUAUGUUAACUUACAUCUUCAGAACUGUGAAUUGCAGUUUAUUAAAAGUAACAGAGUCUGACACUC